ACAACACACAUAAACCAUUACCUCAAACACACCAAAACUAAUAUUCAUCUCUCUACCUUAAAAAAAUGGCUUCCAUGAAUGUUUUGUCAUUGAUGAUACCACUUGUUCUACUCAUAGCAUUUUCAUCAAUCUCAAAUGUUGAAGGAGCACGUAACCUUCUAAACAUACAUCAAGUUUCCAAAGUUGAUUUGCCAACACUACCAAUUCCUAAUCUACCAGUACCUAAUCUACCAACACUACCUACAUUGCCAAUUGUUCCAAUCCCUGAUGUCCCUGUUGUACCAACGGUCCCUAAGAUUCCUGAGAUUCCUCAGAUUCCUAAACCACAGCUGCCUACUGUUCCAUCUGGCCCUAAACCAUAAGUACUUCGAAAUUUCAUGAAAUCCAUGUACUAUAUAUUCCAACCAUUCAAUGAGUGUGUUAAAGUUUGUUUAUGUUAUUUGAGGUUUUUCAUUUGUACUUUAUGAUUACAUUGAAGCACAUGUUGUGUUCAGUUUUUAAGUUGUUUGGGUGUGUUUUUAUUUCUACAACAUAUUGUUGACUGUGAUUUGUAUCAUUCAUUAAUGUGCCCUAAAUCAGUUAUUGUUUGUAAUAUACUAUAUUUAAUUUCAUGUAUUAUCUUUUUCUCAUUUUAUAUAAAGACAUUGCAUGAAUUAUUUGA